UUAGUCUUCUUUUUUAUCACCAAUAUUUUGACAUUUAACUUUCUACAUAACCUAAAAAUUGUACAAUUUUUCUAAGAAAGUUCUAGAAGGAAAACUCAGGAAAACCAAAAUAUUGCUUUGACUAGUAGAUUUUAUCAGUUGAUUGUAUCUAUAUGUUUUAAAGCUUUCAAACAUGUUCGGAGUAAUUGUCUCAGGUCGAUUAGUGCAAACUGAAUUUCAGCAGAUUAGCGUGACCCAAGUUGUUACAACCAUACCAGAUGCCGAUAAUAUUAACCAUAUAGUGGUGUUUUUAACAGGGACUACACCCUUUCCCGAAGGAACUGGAGGACAAGUGUAUUUUAGUUGGCCGGACCCCCAUGCCCCACCAAAUUGGCAAUUAUUGGGCUUCAUUUCCAACCAGAAACCCUCAGUGAUUUUCAAAAUAUCAGGUUUGAAGAAAUUGCAUGAAAUGGGCGAUUACUCGAACAUGAUGUUCGGAAUGAGUCACAUUGUUCACAAUGCUCAAAUCGGUAUAUCGAUAGAACCAUUAUCAAAUAUUCAAGACGUACCAUCGCCGAACAACAUCGAAAACAACGUCACGUUCGCGCAAAAAAUGUUAGAGAAUUUUAUGAACUAUAUAUUAAGUUACACUAUUACCCAGUCGAAUAUGGUACGGGAUCCUACGGCUACUUAUGUGCCGCUCUCUACCGUUCAAAAUUGGUACAUGAAUUUCGAGAGAAGACUGCAGCAAAAUCCAAAUUUUUGGAAAUAAUUUUUGUACAAUAUUGAUUCGUCUUCGUUUGUCAUAAGUUAUCGAAGAAGGGAGUAUUAAUGCAUUUCAAUAAUCGAACUGAAAUGAAUUUGAAUUAGUUUUGAUAUUAUAGAGGUCGUUUUAUAAGCAAAUAAUUAUAAGUAGUAGGUAUAUGGUUCUGAGGAAAAUAAUUUAUGUAUUAAUAUUUUCUUCAAACAUAAAGAUGGAUUUUAUAUUAGGCGGAUAUCAUUUAUAGUUAUUGUUCAAUUAACGCAUUUCGAAAUUGUUGAGAACAUUAUUUUUCAACAAGUUAUAAGAAAGGCCGUUGUAAAAUCCAUUUAACAUUACAUUGUUUCCACAUUCGUCAUUUAAAUACUUGAAAUAAUUCGCUUCGUACUAAUUUUUUUAUAAACGCUUCUCAUACAAUGUAACGAAUACUAUAAAAUUAUAUCGUGAAAUCACAUUAUUGUGAUAAACGGCUAUAAAAAUUACGAUGCGAUUCCCAUGGGAUCAAAGUUGUUAUAAUUUUAUUUUAAAUACAAAUUUUU